AGGAGGAGGAGGAGGAGGAGGAGGAGGAUGGGGAGAGGGAAGAUCGCGAUUGAGAGGAUUGACAACGCGACGAACCGUCAGGUGACCUUCUCCAAGCGGCGCGGAGGGCUGAUGAAGAAGGCCCGGGAGCUCGCCAUCCUAUGUGAUGCUGAUCUUGCAUUCAUCGUCUUCUCCAGCACCGGUCGCCUCUAUGACUUCGCAAGCUCCAGUGGAAUGGAGGCAAUACUAGAGCGCUACAAAAAGGCCAAAGAGGAGCACUGCGGAGUGUUGAAUCCAACAUCAGAGGCAAAGUUAUGGCAAAGGGAGGUUACAACCUUGAGGCAGCAAGUGCAGAACUUACAGCACAAUAAUAGGCAACUGUUGGGAGAGGAGCUAUCUAGUUCCAGUGUUCGAGAUCUACAAUUUCUUGUGAACCAAGUUGAGACGAGCUUGCAUUCGAUCAGAAAGAGGAAGGAGCAAGUUAUGGCUGAGGAGAUCCACGAACUCAACCAAAAGGGAUUUCUUAUUCAGAAGGAAAAUAUAGAACUUGGCAAGAAGUUGAGCAUUGCUCAUGACCAGAAUAUAGAGUUGCAGAAGAAGCUUUCUGGGGCCAUGAGAUCGAGGGAGGAGCAAGCGAGCGGAAGCAGCUCGAAAGUUGCUGCAGGAUCAUUAUUGUCGACUAGAGCACGUGAACCAAGGAUUAUUAUUGACCUUGAGUUGCGCCAGCAGGAGCAUGAGGAUGAAUAACACCUACUACCUCGUCCACUAGAUGCUACUACUUCAAUUUAUAUUUUCAGCGCAUGUGUGGACGAUCCAAGCUCGAUCAUCAAAUUAGCUAUAUGGUUACUGUGUAAUUUGCAUAAGGAGUUAACAAACAUGUAAGCAUGGAGCGUAGAACUGCAGAUUAAGAAUAAACAAAAGCAAAAGCAAGAAACAUGCUUGCACUUGUAUGGUUUGAUAGUGUAUGUCAUAGACAUUGGUAUAUAUAUAGAUAUAUGUGAAUCUAACUUGGCUGCAACAAGAGACGAGAGGUCAUAUACACCCUACGAUCCAUAUUAAUCGUUUUUGAUUUAGUACAAGAGUAU